AUGUUGGAGUCAGCCUACAGAGAUGACUUCUGCAGUGUGGAGCCGAAGAAGGGGCUGGAGGCCAAGCGUUUACCCCAGAAGAGGGAGAGGGAGCAGAGUUUCACAGACCUGGAGAGCAGCCUGACCGUGGGCCAGUAUGUCCUGUGUCGCUGGUCUGAUGGCCUAUACUACCUGGGGAAGAUCCAGAGAGUAAGUGCCCAACACAACAGGAAUGUUUUAUCAGUCAAAUACUGUAGUAUACCGCCACACAAUGGUUUGGACUCAUUUUCUUUACAUAGCAAUACUUACUGCCCAAAUACUGCUAUUCACAAAAUGUGAUGGUUUCUCUGUAGUUUUCAGGGACCACAGCUGUUAUUCGUGUUUUAUGAAAAUCUAUUGUAAUACACUAUUAUUGGAAUAAAACUGUAAUAAGCCUGCCGUACACGAUUUGCCUCCUGCCUCAUACUAUCUGUUUUAACUUUUCCAUUCCAGGUGAGUACCUCCAAGCAGAGCUGCUUUGUUACUUUUGAAGAUAAUUCAAAAUUCUGGGUUCUCUGGAAAGACAUCCAACAUGGUGAGUGAAGAGGGACUGGAAUAUUGUUGUUGUCACAGUGUUAAACUAAUUCACAUGUUUUUUUUUAUUGAACUGUCAAACGUACUACACCCUACAUCCACAAUGAAUUUAUGUCUGCUGAUAAUAUGGAUCUACACCAGACGGGUUCAACAUAUCAAAAGCUCUCUCUAAAAGCCAUUAGUAUUGUAAUCCACUUUGAACAGCAUUACACAACAUCCUAACGGGAAAUCAUUAACAUUUUGUACAGUAGCUCUCUGGAACAGCAUGAAGCUGUUUUAGGCCUUUAUUCAGGUCAGCGUAUUCCUUAACACUUUCAAUUGGCUAGCCGACACUUGUACUAUGCAGUAGGCUACAUACUGGUAUAUUUAGAUACUUCCCAAAAGGAGUUAGCUGCCCUUCAAACUCUUCAACUGUCUAAAUGACACUUUUCAUCGAAAAGGCCGAUUUAUGUCAGUAAUGCCCUGCCGAUAGCUUCUAAUUUAAUAUCUUGCAUGUUCGGUCUACAUGUUGGUGUCAUGUAGCUGAAGGAUAUUCAUCAUUGAAUGUACCCUAAUGCUAUUCUUCUCUCCCAAAACAUGCAGCUGGAGUUCCGGGGGAGGAACCCAAAUGCUCGGUUUGUUCUGAAAUGGUGCUGGUGUCCGACAAUGAGAUCCUGAUAUGUGGGAAAUGUGGAAUAGGUGAGUCACUGUAGAGUCUAAUGUAGAGUCUGACACUUCACCAUUAAAAGAUAAGUGGUGAAGUUACCCUUUAAAGGAGGGUGUGGCUUUCUUGCCCUUAUAUAGCCUACAAGAGGAUGUUGGUUCUUUAUAGACUAUGGUUAAGUGGGAGGAGAUCACAUUGCUUAUUGUAUACAGGGCUCUAUAUGCUUCUAUAUUUACUUCCACAACUUUAUGUUUAACUCUUUUAAUUCUUUUAACACUGUAACUCUAAAAGCAUAAACUGUAUAUUUGAACUGUGGUAAAUGGACUGGAACAACAUACAGAACUUAAGGUGGGCACAAUGUGUACAACUUGAUGAAAGUAGCCUAACUGCAUCAUGUUAUCAUCUAAAGUUCUGUUAAAGUGAAACUGAGCAUUUUCAGUUGGACAAGGCAAGUGCACAGCAAGCCUCUGUGACUCAUAACAUCAUUUACUGAACCCUGUGUACGUUAAACUAAGUACUUUCCAUGGAUGUCUGUCUUAUAGAGACAGGUCCCAUUUGCAGUCUACGGUUUGCAGGUCCUGUCUUCAGGCUGUAGUGUUUCGUUGGUUUGGUUUUUACUUGGGGCUUAAUUAAAGUCAUAGGGAGAAUCUCAAUUGCAUACUCCUUGCAUCCUCUCUCUUCACCUCCUUCUGAAAACCCAUUGGAGGAGAAGGUCAGAGGGGAGGGACCUCUGGCUUUCUCAUCCAAUGGAUUUUCAGAAGGAGGCGAGGAGAGGACGCGAGGAGUAUGUAAUUGAGAUUCUCCCAUUGAUUGCUUUGGGAGUCCACUCCCUCUGGCUUCCCAACAUUUGCUGAUCAAAUAAUUAAAAGCUUCUAAAGUUGGUUGGGUGCCACCUUCAGAUAAACAUAACACAUUGAUGUGGCUCAAAGUGCGGCCGGCAGUAGCACUGUUUCAUUAAUCCAUUCAUUUAUUUUCAUUGGGUUUGAGAUGAUCCAAGGCAAGCGAUAUGUUUUCAUGGUCCUCUUGUUUUUGUUUUUUCCAGGUUACCACCAGCAGUGCCACCUGCCAGAGGUGGAGAGCUCAAUGGAUUUGUCACCAUGGUUUUGCAGGAGGUGCAUCUUUGCUUUAGCUGUGCGGGUGAGUAUUAUUGAUAGAACAACCUGCUCAACGAAAACAAAAAUGACUAAUAUAAUAUAUGAUAUGACUGUUUAUCUAGGGUCUUGUUCAGUCGUGAGAGAACGUAUGUAAAUGGAGUGAAAUGGGGAGGCACUACCUGAACACGUCCAAUAAGAAAACACAUUUUUGUUUUCUAUUACAAAACAUUUCGCUACGAUGUGUCCUACAGAACACUGUCCCAUUGCCUAACCAUGUUAACAGGGCUGUUUCUACUCUUCACAGAAAGGGGGAGCUCUCAAAAAGGGCCCUAUAGCAAAAGCACUGCAGGCCAUGAAGCAGGUGCUUACCUACAACCCAGAAGAGCUGGAGUGGGAUUCUCAGCACCGCACAAAUCCCCAACAGUGUUAUUGCUACUGUGGAGGACCUGGAGAGUGAGUGUGCUGGCUAGACACACUGUAGCAUAGCAUUUACAUAUCCACUCUUUUAAAAUCCAUUAGCAGGUUUUGUGACUCAAUGAAGGCACAGCAGCUCUAUUUCAUUCAGAUAGAUGCCUCGUAGCACUCUGUUGCUCAUUCAAUAACUACUACUUUUCACUAAUGGCUGCUCUCCACCCAGGUGGUACUUGAAGAUGCUGCAGUGUUUUCGGUGUGAACAGUGGUUCCAUGAGGCCUGUAUCCAAUGCCUACAGGAGUCCAUGAUGUUUGGAGAUAGGUGCGUAACAUUGUUAUCAAACAGAAGAGGUUUUAUUCCCUCGGUCAGGUAGGGCUGGGCGAUAUGGCCUAAAAAUCAUAUCUAGAUAUAUACGAUAUACUGUAUAUUUCGAUUUUAAAAAAACAACGUUUUCUCUAAAUAAGCUUUGUUGCACAAUUAAAGGUCAAUACGCUGCAUGUACAAUUAUACCUAGGCUAAAUAUAAGCCUUCCACAACCAUAAAACCCACUAAUAAUUAUUUUAUCAAAAUAGUUUAACCUGCUUUUUUGCAAUAAUCACUGAUCUGGCUUUCAAGUCUGUCUAUGAAAAUGCAAUUAUUGUUAAAGAAAAUACCAGAACCAAAUUGAUAUACAGUGCAUUUGGAAAGUAUUCAGACCCCUUCACUUUUUCCACAUUUUAUGUUACAGCCUUAUUCUCAAAUGUAUUACAUAGAUGUUUUACCUCAUCAAUCUACACAUAAUACCCCAUAAUGACAAAGCGAAAACAGGUUUUUAGAAAUGUUUGCACGUGUAUAAAAUAAAUAAAUACUGAAAUACCUUAUUUACAUAAAUAUUCAGACCCUUUGCUAUGAGACUCGAAAUGGAGCUCAGGUGCAUCCUGUUUCCAUUGAUCAUCCUUGAGAUGUUUGUACAACUUGAUUAGAGUCCACCUGUGGUCAAUUCAGUUGAUUGGACAUGAUUUGGAAAGGCACACACCUGUCUAUAUAAGGUCCCACAGUUGCAUGUCAGAGCAAAAACCAAGCAAUGAGGUUGAAGGAAUUGUCCUCAGAGCUCCGAGACAGGAUUGUGUCGAGGCACAGAUCUGGGGAAGGGUACCAAAGAAAUUCUGCAGCAUUGAAGGUCCCUAAGAACACAGUGGCCUCAAUCAUUCUUACAUGGAAGAAGUUUGGAACCACCAAGACUCUUCCUAGAGCUGGCCGCCCGGCCAAACUGAGCAAUCAGGGAGAAGGGCCUUGUUCAGGGAAGUGACCAAGAACCCGAUGGUCACUCUGACAGAAGUCCAGAGUUCCUCUGUGGAGAUGGGAGAACCUUCCAGAAGGACAACCAUCUCUGCAGCACUCCACCAAUCAGGCCUUUAUGGUAGAGUGGCUAGAUGGAAGCCACUCCUCAGUAAAAGGCACAUGACAGCCUGCUUGGAGUUUUCCAAAAGGCACCUAAAGGACUCUCAGACCAUGAGAAACAAGAUUCUCUGGUCUGAUGAAACCAAGAUUGAACUCUUUGGCCUGAAUAACAAACGUCACGUCUGGAGGAAACCAGGCACCGCUCAUCACCUGGCCAAUACCAUCCCUACGGUGAAGCAUGGUGGUGGCAGCAUCAUGCUGUGGGGAUGUUUUUCAGAAGCAGGGACUGGGAGACAAGUCAGGAUCGAGGGAAAGAUGAACGGUGCAAAGGACAGAGGGAUCCUUGAUGAAAACCUGCUCCAGAGCGCUCAGGACCUCAGACUGGGGCGAAGGUUCACCUUCCAGCAGGACAAUGACCCUAAGCACACAGCUAAGACAACGCAGGAGUGGCUUCGGGACAAGUCUCUGAAUGUCCUUGAGUGGCCCAGCCAGAGCCCGGACUUGAACCCGAUCGAACAGCUCUGUAGAGACCUGAAAAUAGCUGUGCAGCGACGCUCCCCAUCCAACCUGACAGAGCUUGAGAGGAUCUGCAGAGAAAAUGGGAGAAACUCCCCAAAUACAGGUGUGCCAAGCUUGUUGCGUCAUACCCAAGAAGACUUGAGGCUGUAAUCGCUGCCAAACGUGCUUCAACAAAGUACUGAGUAAAGGGUCUGAAAACGUAUGUAAAUGUGAUAUUUCCGUUUUUCAUUUUGAAUAAAUGUGCAAAAAAUUCUACAAUCCUGUUUUUGCUUUGUCAUUUGUGUAGAUAUAACGUAACAAAACGUGGAAAAAGUGAAGGGGUCUGAAUACUUUCCGAAUGCACUAUAAUGCCCAGCUCUACGGUCAGGGUCAGGGUAAAUAAUUAUUGUCUUGGAAGUCAUAGACAUGUCAUGGAAGUUGAGGGUGUAGCCAGAUGACCAAGGGAUAAUAUUGAUUUUGAUUUCCCCUAUAGGCAUGUGACCUGUGCUUUCUCUUUCUCUGAUCUCUCUUCCUUUCUCUUUCAGGUUUUACUUGUUCAUCUGUUCCGUGUGUAAUAAAGGAGUGGAGUACAUUAAGCGCCUGGCCCUCCGAUGGUAAAUGGCUACUAUUAUUUUCCUACCUACCUCUGAGGCUCACUCAGGGGUACUUUAAGAAUACAAAAGGCAUUGGUGUCGUAUAGUGCAGUAGGUGGAGGAUGUAUGCAAUGAUUGUGCUCUUGUGCGCAUAACAAUGUUCUAGGGAUACAUAAAGUCGUACAGUAUUGCACUGUAUUUGUGUUAAUACACACAGUGGUGCUGUGAACGAUUCAGGAAGCAUAAUAGCUCUGAUUAAGAGGACUACAUUUACCUCUCGCUAAACCCAAUUUCUUAUCUGCUAACCCGGUAGGGAUGUAUAAUUGAGAAUUCUAUUUAUGAACACAAUGAAACACAUUGUCAUACUCACACCUUAUUAUCUGAUAUGCACCAUACCUGUGAAUGCUGCAGGAGAGGGUAACCGGCUCCGCAAUCAGCUCUAGAUACAUAUGCGGGCACAAAUACUUGGUUUUGCUGCUGCAAUUCUGAGAUUUUGCAUGGCAAUAUUGUCCAAUUUGUCGAAAGAAUGCAUUGACGAGGGAAAAAGUUUGACAUAUGGUUUGAUUAUGUAACGAUUCACCGAUACGUAUCGGUCCCGAUUCAAAUAUUUAAGCUGCGAGUGCAACGGUCCACGGGAGCCCAAACCGAUCCUAAUGAAGCAAGUAAGAAAACCGAAUCAAACGUUGCGAAUCGCCGGUUCACUCAUGUUUUUUUACUCAUAUACAGUGGGGAGAACAAGUAUUUGAUACACUGCCGAUUUUGCAGGUUUUCCUACUUACAAAGCAUGUAGAGGUCUGUAAUUUUUUAUCAUAGGUACACUUCAACUGUGAGAGACGGAAUCUAAAAUCCAGAAAAUCACAUUGUAUGAUUUUUAAGCAAUUCAUUUGCAUUUUAUUGCAUGACAUAAGUAUUUGAUACAUCAGAAAAGCAGAACUUAAUAUUUGGUACAGAAACCUUUGUUUGCAAUUACAGAAAUCAUACGUUUCCUGUAGGUCUUGACCAGGUUUGCACACACUGCAGCAGGGAUUUUGGCCCACUCCUCCAUACAGACCUUCUCCAGAUCCUUCAGGUUUCGGGGCUGUCGCUGGGCAAUACGGACUUUCAGCUCCCUCCAAAGAUUUUCUAUUGGGUUCAGGUCUGGAGACUGGCUAGGCCACUCCAGGACCUUGAGAUGCUUCUUACGGAGCCACUCCUUAGUUGCCCUGGCUGUGUGUUUCGGGUCGUUGUCAUGCUGGAAGACCCAGCCACGACCCAUCUUCAAUGAUCUUACUGAGGGAAGGAGGUUGUUGGCCAAGAUCUCGCGAUACAUGGCCCCAUCCAUCCUCCCCUCAUUACGGUGCAGUCGUCCUGUACCCUUUGCAGAAAAGCAUCCCCAAAGAAUGAUGUUUCCACCUCCAUGCUUCACGGUUGGGAUGGUGUUCUUGGGGUUGUACUCAUCCUUCUUCUUCCUCCAAACACGGCGAGUGGAGUUUAGACCAAAAAGCUAUAUUUUUGUCUCAUCAGACCACAUGACCUUCUCCCAUUCCUCCUCUGGAUCAUGCAGAUGGUCAUUGGCAAACUUCAGACGGGCCUGGACAUGCGCUGGCUUGAGCAGGGGGACCUUGCGUGCGCUGUAGGAUUUUAAUCCAUGACGGUGUAGUGUGUUACUAAUGGUUUUCUUUGAGAAUGUGGUCCCAGCUCUCUUCAGGUCAUUGACCAGGUCCUGCCGUGUAGUUCUGGGCUGAUCCCUCACCUUCCUCAUGAUCAUUGAUGCCCCACGAGGUGAGAUCUUGCAUGGAGCCCCAGACCGAGGGUGAUUGACCGUCAUCUUGAACUUCUUCCAUUUUCUAAUAAUUGCGCCAACAGUUGUUGCCUUCUCACCAAGCUGCUUGCCUAUAUUCCUGUAGCCCAUCCCAGCCUUGUGCAGGUCUACAAUUUUAUCCCUGAUGUCCUUACACAGCUCUCUGGUCUUGGCCAUUGUGGAGAGGUUGGAGUCUGUUUGAUUGAGUGUGUGGACAGGUGUCUUUUAUACAGGUAACGAGUUCAAACAGGUGCAGUUAAUACAGGUAAUGAGUGGAGAACAGGAGGGCUUCUUAAAGAAAAACUAACAGGUCUGUGAGAGAUGGAAUUCUUACUGGUUGGUAGGUGAUCAAAUACUUAUGUCAUGCAAUAAAAUGCAAAUUAAUUACUUAAAAAUCAUGCAAUGUGAUUUUCUGGAUUUUUGUUUUAGAUUCCGUCUCUCACAGUUGAAGUGUACCUAUGAUAAAACUUACAGACCUCUACAUGCUUUGUAAGUAGCAAAACCUGCAAAAUCGGCAGUGUAUCAAAUACUUGUUCUCCCCACUGUAAGUAUUCCGAAAAUACACUACAUGGCCAAAUUAGUGGAUUCGGCUAUUUCAUCCACACCCGUUGCUGACAGGUGUAUAAAAUCGAGCACACAGCCAUGCAAUCGCCAUAGACAAAUAUUGGCAGUAGAAUGGCCUGUACUGAAGUGCUCAGUGACUUUCAACGUGGCACCGUCAUAGGAUGCCACCUUUCCAACAAGUCAGUUCGUCAAAUGUGUGCCCUGCUAGAGUUGCCCCGGUCAACUGUAAGUGCUGUUAUUGUGAAGUGGAAACGUCUAGGAGCAACAACGGCUCAGCCGCGAAGUGGUAGGCCACACAAGCUCACAGAACGGGACCGCCGAGUGCUGAAGCGCGUAGAACGGAAAAAUCAUCUGUCCUCUGUUGCAACACUCACUAUUGAGUUCCAAACUGCCUCUGGAAGCAACAUCAGCACAAUAACUGUUCGUCGGGAGCUUCAUGAAAUUGGUUUCCGUGGCCGAGCAGCCACACACAAGCUUAAGAUCACCAUGCGCAAUGCCAAGCUUCGGCUGGAGUGGUGUAAGGCUCGCCGCCAUUGGACUCUCGAGCAGUGGAAACGCGUUCUCUGGAGUGAUGAAUCACGCUUCACCAUCUGGCAGUCCGACGGAAGAAUCUGGGUUUGGCGGAUGCCAGGAGAACGCUACCUGCCCGAAUGCAUAGUGCCAACAGUAAAGUUAGGUGUAGGAGGAAUAAUGGUCUGGGGCUGUUUUUCAUGGUUCGGUCUAGGCCCCUUAGUUCCAGUGAAGGAAAAUCAACGCUACAGCAAACAAUGACAUUCUAGAUGAUUCUGUACUUCUAACUUUGUGGCAACAGUUUGGGGAAGGCCCUUUCCUGUUUCAGCAUGACAAUGCCCCUAUGCAGAAAGCGAGGUUCAUUCAGAAAUGGUUUGUUGAGAUCGGCGUGGAAGAACUUGACUGGCCUGCACAGAGCCCUGACCUCAACGCCAUCGAACACCUUUGGGAUGAAUUGGAACGCCGACUGCGAGUCAGGCCUAAUUGCCCAGCAUCAGUGCCCGACCUCACUAAUGCUCUUGUGACUGAAUGGAAGCAAGUCCCCGCAGCAAUGUUCCAACAUCUAGUGGAAACCUUCCCAGAAGAGUGGAGGCUCUUAUAGCAGCAAAGGGGGACCAACUCCAUAUUAAUGCCCAUGAUUUUGCAAUGAGAUGUUCGACGAGCAGGUGCUAACAUACUGUACUUUUUGUCAUAUAGUCUACCUCUAAUCUGUUGUGACUGAAUUGAUGCAUCCUCUCCUUCAGCCUAUCAAAUUUGUAUGCAUGUAACUGCGUAUGACAUUGAUCUAUAAGUCAGAUAACAACUCUGCGCACAGUACUGGAGAUGCAGCUGCUCGCGCUGGUAGGUCUACCAUAUACCUGUUCUAAUAUUCAUAGGCUACAUCUGCGCGGCACAUUCAGCAUUCAGAUGUUUGUAAAAUGGCUUUCGCAUUAUUAAAUCAUAGGCUUUAUUAAUUGAGGGACAACCAAUGUAAUUUGCUGGGUCAUUGUUACCAAAUGCGCUGUAGAAAAUGUGUGUUUUACCGGCGGAGCUGUGUAGGCUACCGGAGUGGACACAACUCACAUCUUGCUGAUUGCACAUCUAAAUGCUGAUUGGGGCUUUUCGAUUGCCAGGUUCACCAUACAAAAUAUUUUUGGAAGUUCUGCUUUAAACAGUCACUGCAUUUGGUCAUUUUUACAUGAACAGGGUAAAUGUGUAAUUUCAUAACAAGGACAGCAAUAAUUUUUGCGAGCCACACUGGUCGGAAAGGGAGAAGAACCAUUCGCCUUUGACACUGGGGUGAAAUCUAAAGCUGUGUCAUCGCUAAUUUCUAAAGAUAAAUAUUGACAUAUUACUAACUCAAAACAGUUUAAUCGGCUGUAUGACAAAUUAAUCAGUGGGUGAUGAGGACUUUGGAUAAAAAGCAUAAAUUGCACCCCCACCAAUCUAAUAGUGGUAGAGGCUCAGUUUGCCCUAUGGUUCAGUUCACACACUACAAAAUUCCAUAAUUCACACACACACACACACACACACACACACACAGAGAGACACACACACACAUACACACACACAGACACAGGCCACUCAGCUUAGAGAAAUCAGCUCCGACAGAUCCAGCUCAGCUCCUGAGUCCAUCAGUAUCAGAUAUUAAUUUAGAAUGGAAAAUGAAUGUGUUUAUGCAACAAUUGUUAGUUCAUCGAAUCAAACCGAAUCGCAUCGAUUUGUUCCACUAAUCAAAUCAAAUCACACCGAAUUGUUUCAAACUAAAAGUAUAAUUCCUUUGUCGGAGACCAUGUAUCGAAUCGUGCUUGUAAGGAGAGAUGCACAUCCCUAAUAUUAUGCGGUAAAUGUGUCCAGAUUUGUUGAAAUUACAAGCCCUGUUUUUGUACUGCAGUGAUGGUCCAGUUUUAUGCAAUAAUAUUGCGAUGAUUUGACUGUUUUUAAGUAGAAAUAGUGCAGUGAUUGGUCAAAUGUGCAAGCCAUUGCAUAAUAUGCGGGGAAUUGUUGAUUUGCGGAAUAAAAUUGCAAUCGCGGAAUCCUGGAGGGACUGGAUUUUGUUGAACACACGUACCUUUUAUCCCCUCUCAUUUCAUCUCUAUAUUGAGCUCACUGAUUGUCCCUGGUUUCUUAUCCAGGGUGGACGUGGUGCACUUGGCUCUUUACAACCUGGGAGUCCAGAAUAAGAAGAAGUACUUUGAGCUGGAGGAAAUCCUCAACUUUGUCAGCAACAACUGGGAGCAUUUCCAUUUGGGCAAGGUUAGAAACGCCACAUUAAAUCCUGUCUGAAUUCUGAAUAGGAAUCCGGAUAGGAAAUUGAUUAAUGCCAUCUCGUGAAAAAUCUACAAUAUUUUCCAAAGAUGUUGUCUCUUUUUUCAAGCCAAUUGCAUCAGACUGACAUUUUGAUAUUCCCCACAGCUCUCCAAUACUCCUCCAACAGAAAGAGGCCAAUAUCUCCUUGAUGCUCUGAACAACUACAAGAGCAAGUAAGACAUCUCUCUCUGUUGUAUUUAGAUAAUUAAUUAUAAAACUGCUAUUUAAUUGGAAAUCCCAUCUAGAGUCUUGCGAUAAGUGUUAGGUUUGACAAAACUCCUCCUCCACAGAUGUACUACAUGAACAACAACAGCAUACAUGUACUGCAAGCUUAAAUACAGCAUAUACUGAAUCUGCCAAUGUAUUUUUCAUGUCCAGUUAACAAUAAUAUAGUAUGGCCACCAACAUUCAGUAAGUUGUUUACUUUUUGUUCUGGUCAAACAGUAUUUGUUACAACAAACAUGUUACUUGGCUGAAGGUGUAUUUGUUGACAUCACACCUCCUUCACCAGACCAUGAACUUCUCACCCCCUCUGUUUUUCUCUAGGUUUCUUUGUGGGAAGGAGAUCAAGAAGAGGAAAUGCAUCUUCCGCCUGAGGACCCGCGUUCCCCCCAACCCUCCCUCCAAACUCUUUCCCGAGAGGUCCCAAAACGAUGGAUGGAGAGGACGAAAGAAAGGCGCAGACAGGAACAGGUAUUUCACGGCGUAGUGAUAUGCUGAUAUUUUGGUUUUCCGGGAAAAGCUGGAUAUGCAUGUAUUUCAGUGAGGUUUCUGUUAAAUUUCUACAAGGCCUAUCUUGGCUCAGUCAGAAAGUGUUGAUCGAUGUUAAAUUAUGCUAUAAGGCUGUGUCAAAUUGUCACCCAAUAAUUAUAUUGUUUGAUCAGAAAGUGAACGUUUUCUCUUUAGCUCUCUCCCGGCAGAGAAAAGGAGGAAGAAAAGGUCAAAAUGGCUGCUGGAGGACGCCAUUCCCAAUGUGAGUUCUCGGAUUGUCACAAGAUCCUCCCUCAUUCUCAAAACAUCUCACAUCGAACCACCUUUCUGCUGUUUCACCUACCCUGAAUGAUCCAAAUACAUUAGUGUCUAGUUUGAGAAACAGAUGCCUCACAGGUCUUUAACUGGCAGCUUCAUUAAAUAGUACCCGCAAAACACCAGUCUCAACGUCAACAGUGAAGAGGCAACUCCGGGAUCUCAGACUGGCCAAUAAAAAGAAAAGAUUAAGAUGGGCAGUCUGAGAUAUGGCUUUUUUUUGCAACUCUGCCUAGAAGGUCAGCAUCCCGGAGUCGCCUCUUCACUGUUGACGUUGAGACUGGUGUUUUGGUGCACCGGGGCCUCCCACUCCUCUUUCUAUUCUGGUUAGAGCCAGUUUGUUCUGUUCUGUGAAGGGAGUAGUACACAGCGAUGUACGAGAUCUUCAUUUUCUUGGCAAUUUCUCGCAUGGAAUAGCCUUCAUUUCUCAGAACAAGAAUAGACUGACGAGUUUCAGAUGAAAGUUCUUUGUUUCUGGCCAUUUUGAGCCUGUAAUCGAACCCACAAUUGCUGAUCCCCCAGAUACUCAGCUAGUCUCAAGAAGGCCAGUUUUAUUGCUUCUUUAAUCAGCACAACUGUUUUCAGCUGUGCUAACAUAAUUGCAAAAGGGUUUUCUAAUGAUCAAUUAGCCUUUAAAAAAUUAUAAACUUGGAUUAGCAAACACAACGUGCCAUUGGAACACAGGACUGAUGGUUUCUGAUAAUGGGCCUCUGUACGCCUAUGUAGAUAUUCCAUAAAAAAUCAGCCGUUUCCAGCUACAAUAGCCAUUAACAACAUUAACAAUGUCUACACUGUAUUUCUGAUCAAUUUGAUGUUAUUUUAAUGGACAAAAAAAUUGCUUUUCUUUCAAAAACAAGGACAUUUCUAAGUGACCCCAAACUUUUGAACAGUAGUGUUAAUGUUUAGAACUUUUGUGAAACCGCAAAGUUGAAAAAUAUAUGGCAAAUGGAAACUGGAUCGUCUCAGUGAUAGGGAGGGUAGCUGAAGGAUGGGACUAAAAACAAACAAAAGAUAACUAUUGUAAAAUACUGUGUCCGUAAAAUCUAUAUAGUAUGUAUAAGCUGGAAGUAGAAGCCUAAGUGUUGUUGUCCAUUAGUUUAUUCCAAUUAGGGGAGGGAUGGUACGGUUAGGGGGAAAUGAUAAAGGAAAAUAUGUACCAAAAAUAUAUAUAUUUUAUAUAUAUAUAUAUAUAUGGGAGAUUGGAAAUUAUGCAGACAAUUACAUUAAUGGAAGCCACAAUCUAUCUGCAAUAUUAAAGCUGAUCUACCCCUAAAUAAAUAAAGAUGUAUAAAAAAGUAAAUCGUGUUUGACUGUAUUCACGGUAUUGAAAAACCAACCCGUGAAUUUUUCCAAAUACCCCGGUAUAUGGUAUACCGUCCAAGCCUGUUUGAAAUAAUUAUGAUUUAGUCAAAUAUUAUAUCUGUUUGGGCUUCUUGCGGUCAAUUCGCAGUCGAAAAAAAAGUAUUAUUAACUAUGUUCCGGCCCCCAGAUCAUCCGCUUAAGAAAGAAGAAAAUCAGCCCGCGGCUGAAUCUAGUUGAUCUCUGGCAUGUAGCAUAUAAACAGUAGUGAUGAAGACAAGGAUGAUGAUGAUGAUGGAGACAAUGAUGGAGACAAUGAUGUUGAUGACUGUCUGUUCAUGACACUGGCUGAGUACUAUGAUACCAACGUGUGUGAUUUGUUAUGUAGAAUGACCUGACCUCAGCCUGGAGCACCAACCAUCACAUGGCCAACAUCUUUGACUUCACAUUGGACGAGUUACAAAGCCUCAAAAGGUAAAUAGUUUGGAUACUAAGGGCCAGUUUCCCUGACACAGAUUAAGACUAGUCCUGGAUUAAGAAGCAUGUUCAAUUGAGUUUUUAUCAAUUUAAAGUUAUUUUAAAUCUAGGACUAGGUUUAAUCUGUGUCUUGGAAACCAGCUCUAAUGGUGUAAUUUUGAAAAUGUUUGUUUAGACAUUGACCUACAGUACAUGAUGAUGAUGAUGAUGAUGCUCAUUUCCAAUGAACCCUGUACUACUGCACACAUUUGACAUUGACUUCAUUGCCUUCGAUUGAAUGCAAUUAUUUUCAAGGCCCUAACAAUCUACUUCAUUUACAUGCAUUUCUCUUUGAAAGACAAUCUCUGGCAGUGUUUGUUUUGUCACCCCUCUGAUGAUUUUCGUCAAUGUGUCGAACGAAGAGAUUUAAUUACACUUUCCUGUAAAGGUUAUCAUCUCCCGAACAGCGCUGAAUAAUCAAAGAAAGACAAACACUUUGGGGACUGUUGAGAACCAAGCUUUCUUAGAGGAGAAUCAAGAGAUGGGGAAUAGCUGGUGCAACGCCAAAAAGUGGACUAACACUGUCGGAAUGGGAGGAGUGGAAUAGGCUUGGUCAUAACUCUGUAGCACCUGAACUGAGCUGGAGGAUGUGCACAGCUAAAAUAUUCUGUGGGAGCUUUGAAGCAUUACAUUAACUUCCUUCCAUUAGCUAGAUAUAGUACUUUCUCUCUCUCUCUCUCACACACACACACACCUUUAGCAUGCAGGCUCUUUUAUUAUAUGGGCUCAGAACAGUGACUUGCAAAUUCAAGUCACAGAGUGAGGGAGAGGUGCCAUGGUAACAAAGUCAAUUUUCCUUUGUGAGGUUAGGAAUAGGACCAUAAAGGCUAUGGCUAUUCUGUCUGGUCCAGGGGCCACAGAAUCCUCUGAUUAGCACUUGAAUGUGUACGCCAUAUUUCCAGCGUUUGAACGGAGUUGAUGUUGUUUACUCCUCAGUACCAGCUCAGGACAGACCUUCAGUCUGGACCUGGACUCCACAGACGCUGCCAGCACCUCUGGAUCCGCCACCACCAGUGUCUCCUACGACUUCAGGUACAGUACGAUAGUCACCAAGACUUUUAUUGUUAGAAAAGGGUAACUCCCUCACACGCGGUUACCUCUGCAGAUUGUUCAUUGUGUUGGCCUUAUUUUGCUCCACCGUGUGGAAUGUGUUGCAAACCGAUCGAUAAGACCCCCGACUGGAACCGCUGCAACCCGGGCUGUCAGAUGAGAUUUUAUCUCCUACGCUUUCCAAGCUCUUGAACAUGGUCCUAUGUGAGGAGUUGAGGAGAGCCAACCUUGUUUGACAGCACACAAGAAGAAGUAUGGAUUAUUUAAUGUGGUUGGCUCCUGUAUUUGCUUAAACUUGGUUGGAACUAAGCAAUGGAAGUGACUAUACACUCACUAUAUCCACAUUCACAAACCCCCGAUGACAGCAUUAUUUGAACACUGUGAACACACCACCCCUCCUCAUAUCUGCGAACACCCCUGGGCUCCGUAACUGACUGGCUUUAUUUUGCAACACUCAGUGCUGGCUCCUCUGACAUUCAGAGUGUAUUGACACUAUGCUAGGUUUCUUUGCCUUUACUGUGUUUUGUUUCAUGACUGAAAGUCCUACUGGUGGGCGUCCCGGGGGCGCUGCUGACAUCUCCUGUGGCUCUAUUUUCAGCUGGCGCUAAGGAGGCGCAAGUGUCAAGCGCAUGUUUGCAAUUUCGUCAUGUAAAAACUGCCAUUUUUUCCAGUACUAACGCCAGGUUCGCUAAUUUACCUGUCUAACAUCAGCUCGCUUGCCCUGAGGUGGGAGGGGUGGUAUUAUUUAAUUUCAUGCAGCGCUAAUGGAAAGUUUUAAGACCCACAAAAAGCAGGUCUUAAUGGUAACGCAGUUGAUAAUAGCAUGGAUUUUGAGAGCGGAAGCACAAUCUAUCCAGCCAUGACACACGGAGCCCAUGGAAGGAGAGAAAACACCCAUAGAAACAUAAAACACAAUUGGUUUCCCCCUAUUUCGUUUAAUUUAGUUUCAAAACCAAGCAUAGCCUACCCUCCCCUUAAUCAUGGCUGGUUUACCAGCAUCAGAUAGGUACAUCUUUUUAUUCUGGCCAUUAGCCAAAAGAAGCCUAACAGCAAUGCAUUGUGUCUUUUUUAUCCUGGCCUUGCAAAGUAGCCUAUCUAUAAAAGUAGCCAUCCCCAUUUCCAAAGAGCACAUCUCAUCCGUUUACGAAAGACUCGCUCAUCCAAACGUAUUGAAAUGAUUCAGUCCUAUAAUGCAGUCUCAACGGUAGACCUAAGCCAAAUUCUGCUUAUUGAGAACAUGCCUCACAUACAAUACAAUUUACGCAUACAAGUGCGAUGCGUAAAGAUAUGUAGGCUAGGCUCAUUGAAGCCAAUUACAAUGUUGACUGCCAACACUCCAAACAUACUUUUGCUAUUACUCAUUACUGUAGCCUAUGCUAUUUAAUAAAUUGUAGUAUCAAUCCACAAUGGACCUGGACGAGAAUUUUCCCAUGCCCCCAGCCGAAUUGAAGUUGAUGACAAUAACCUACAGAGCUUGAGACAAACGCAUGCAGUAUUCAGCCUAUGGACCGCAAAUAUUGGCCAGUGAGUGGCCAAGCCCUUGUCACAACUACAGCUGUUUAUUCAUCAAAACCCAGCCCUUUCGCGCCACCGCCAGCUAUUGUGUUCAUAAUUACGGCUGUGAAAAUAGUUAAAACAUUUCUGACACAGGACCUAUAACGCUACUUCCAGUGCUUAGAUUUACCACUGCGUUUGGUUUGUUCAAAUAGAGCCCUGAGAGAGAGGACUUAUUGUGAUGAUGAUGUUUACACUGAUGUUACUCUACCCUGCCCGUUUCCUCUCUGGUACUCUGCCUACACACACACACACACACACACACACACACACACACACACACACACAGUAAAAUAAGUACAUGUUCAUCUACUUCUGGUUUAUGCUAUAGAGUGGACAGUGUUGUCUCCAGUGACACCAAUUUGAUUAUUUGAAUGUUUGAGAUUUCAACCCAGCGUUUAGAAUGUGAGGCUUAUAAUUGAGGCUAACUAUGACAUGUUCAGAGUGUAAAGAAUUGGGGAAACUACCAGACACGGGGUGCAUCAUUUCACCUCACUAUCACUUAUUCCCCCUCUACCUCUGAUAUUUUAUCCCUCUUCUUUAGUCUGUUUAAUUUUUUAGAUGUGGCUUCUCCUCAUUAACAUUCUCUGCAUGAUACUCUAGAGAGGGCGUGUGUGGGGGAAAUAAGAAUGAAUCUUAAGAUAACUCAAGAAAUCUGUAAAUAAUUUUGACGUAUUUGCCAAGGAUGUUUUAGUUGCACAAUUCUCAAGUAAAACAUUUCUUUGUCUUAUGUAAACAAAGUCGGAGCUGCUGGGCAGGUCUGUCUCACUGUCUAUGCUAUUGGAUAGAGAGCAAUCACCGUAGCUGUUCACCCCAUGUUCGUGAGCAAAUGGACAUCGUCAAAUCAAAACCCAACCUUCAUUGACUCGUUGUGACGCAUAGAUGUUCCAAACUCCGAUUUAGAUGAGACUGACUUUAUGACCAAAUGUAUCCUAUUUACACUUUGUAGUCAAUUUUGACACUAUAAUAACUCUUUCUGUCUCAUAUCGAUUCCACAUAGGCCAUUUUCAAAGGGAUUUGUUGCUUUUUAAAGGCAGUCGCUCUUUAAGUGUGCCAUUGAGGAGGAAGUGUAAAAGCAACACACACAGUUAUUGGGCAUGAAAACGACAGAUGGAGGGGAAAAUCAUGUAGCAGACCACAGCUACCCCUGGUGGCUGAUCCAAGUCAUGUUCAUAAUCGCAGUCUUCUUCUUAGGGAUUGGGUUGGCGGAUCGCAUCCAACUUAAAGGUGCAUGCACCACCACCUACUGUACUAACGUGUGAGGCCAGUCACGGCCAACCUACAUUACAUUCUCUUCAUUAUUGCACCACCAACUAACCCUACACCUAUAUACCACUAUUUAAUUAAUCACCACCCCAUUAACUCUUCUGCAGUAAAAUCUCGCACACCCAGGCACUUCUCUGCAGCUGCCACUUACACUCAUUAAAACCCACUACUUUGACCCUAUCUGCUCCUGCACCAUGGCAACGGCGUGGGAGGACGGGACAUCACCCUUCAACACACCCUGUAACUCUUCUGAAGUGAAAUCUCGUAUACCCAAAUACUUCUCUGCAGCUGCCACCACAACAUCUAUUCUCUGUGAUUUACGUUCCAUUUCUGCGGUACAUUUGAUAACCAUUGCUAUAAACGCUAAGAAGGCCAACCUUUACUGAAGCACAACUCACUCGUUGGCCUAUCCCUCUGUGCUGGUACAAAUCUUCUACUACUCACUGGGAUCCUCUCAGGAUUCCUCACCCUUGACCCAUCCUCCUCCACUUUCUUUACUGCCUCAGCAUACGAAACUCUCUGCACUGCUCUGACUCUGGCCACUUCAACCUGCACCGGACACUUCCGAUCCCCAGCAACAUGAACACCCUUACAGUUGACACACACAACUUUAUCAACCGAAACUACACAAUUCUCUGUCCCAUGCCCUCCUGCACACUUCCCACAUUUUGGAAUCUGCCUCCUACACACUGCUGCAACAUGACCAGAAACGUUGCACCUGAAACAGCACAGUGGAUUCUGCACAAAAGCUCGAACAGGUUAACUGAUAUAUCCUAAUAUAACUUUGUAAGGUAAAGACAAACUCAAAACUCAAAAGGACUGACAAUGACUCCUGUUUCACCAUGCUCCCCACCAUGUCUGCGUCGCACCAAACAGCGGGCGUCACAAACACCAGGAAUUUUCAACUUCAAUUGCUCCACCUCCACACUUAACGCUACCCAAAAAAAAAAAAAAAACUGUCAAUGUUGCCCUGUUCCUAACAGUAAAGCAAGAAACAGGUCUUGACCCAAGUUGCGUGACAAGGAGCGCCUGCUCCCUCUGGUCAGAAGAAAUACAACCAAAUAUCACAAGUCCACUACAUGUUACCUUCACUGAUUCAACUGCCUCCAACUCCUUUCUCACCCACCCUGAAACCACAAAUGGAUCCACCAAAAGGCAAGGGUCCACUUUCUCCAAAAAUGUCACUCCUAUUGGUCCAGACUAUUCUUUUAUCAUGUCUGACGCCAUUCUUCCUCAACACACAUCUUCCCACCACACUCGGCUCUUCUCCUUCUUCCUCGUUGUCCAUAAUCACAUCUAUCCGUUCACCACGCUCAUGCCGCACGUUCAUCCGCUGCAUUGCUUACAGAGCAUGCACUGAUGGCUUUUCUCAAAAACCCAACUUCUGUUCCUUAGCCCAUUUUACAAGUCUGGCUAUCUCUGACCUUUCCAUGCUUCCUUCACCUUGCUUUGUAAUCGCAGUAGGUGUCCAAUGUCCAGUUGAACAAAAGUGUUUGACUCCACAAAGGUAUGACUGGUGGCACAACAAAGCAGUAAAUUCAGGAAACUGUCGUUACUUUUGUUUCAAUAGGUUGCUGAUGUCAGGGUCAUGACGUUCAUUAGGCAUCAAAUGGAAUAAAACAGACUGAAAGAGGGAGGGACUAACUGGACUUGUCCAAUAAGACAGGGUUUCCCAAACAGAUCCUCUACAGAUAGUAUGACCAUCUGUUGAAUAGCAACUGCUUGCUAAGGUUACUGUUAGGUUUAGAGUAAGGGUUAAGAUAAGCGUUAGGGUUAGUUGAAAUGUUACUGAUAGUCUGUAGCGCAGGGUUUCCCAACUCUCCUCGGUUUCCCCCCCGACGUUUCAGAGUUUUUGUUUUAACCCUAAACUGGCACACCUGAUUUCAAUUAGUCAACUAAUCAUCAAGCCUUUGACUAAUUUAAUCAGGUGUGCCAGUUUAGGGUUAAAACAAAAAUUUGAAACGUCUGGGGGGAGGCGAGGGUUGGGAAACCCUGCUGUAGAGCGUCUACAGAUGGAUUAUCCAAAUCAAGUGUUCCCAAACGUUUUUUGCUGCAUGCCCUAAUGAACCCCUGUUAUUCUAACUUGUUGCAGGAAGAAUGUUGGCAGUCGUAAGAGGAAGCUGCCCACCUCUAACUACACGGUGCUGGCCACUAAAAAGGAGGUGGUGGAGAGCGAGCUGAGCCCCAUGGAGCUGAGCCUACCAGGAGAGGAGGCCGCCUCCGCGAUGCUGGACAACGCGAUCGACAGCCACACCUUCGACAGCAUCAGCGAGGAUGACUCCUCCCUCUCCCACCUCAAGUCGUCCAUCACCAGCUACUUUGGGGCGGCAGGGCGGCUCACCUGCGGAGAGAAGUACCAGGUGCUGGCCCGCCGGGUCACGCCGGAGGGGAAGGUGCAGUAUCUGGUGGAGUGGGAGGGCACCACGCCCUACUGACCCAGACGGCCAGACUGGCUGGCUGCUGCAGUAAGCAGGAAGAGGAAGGGGGAGUAAUAGACAAGAUCGGCCUAGCAAGGCCUACCUAGUUGUACUCAUUUAAUUUUUCAUGUUACUUUCUCUUGCUCUACAGUACUAUCUCUAUUUCAGUAUAUAAUAUUACAAGUUAAAAAUGGUCGUAAGUUUCUCUUCCCCCAUAGCUAAACUGUUUAAAAAAAAAAAAAAAAAAAAAAAAAAAAAACUUUCAUUUGUAAUUCAACCGGAAAACAUUUCAAGUAUUGAACAGAAACGUAAAGAUUGAGUACGUAAUUUUUUGGGGUAUAUUGAACCAAUUUGGUAGCGUCCUCUUGAGCAUCUUGAAUAGUAACACAGCCUAAAAAACUGU